GCUUUAUUCUACUGUGCUUUGCGUUGCUCGCGUGAGAUGAUUGCCUCUGAUGAUGGAUCCAGGAGCUUGCUGCUUGCUGUUAAUAGAAGGCUCACUGCACUAUCAUUCCAUAUCAGAGAGUACUUUUGGGUUGACAUGAAGAAGAUCAAUGAGAUUUAUCGCUACAAGACUGAAGAAUACUCCCAAGGUGCUACUAACAAAUCCAACAUCUAUCCGGAGCAAAUUCCUAGUUGGCUAGUUGAUUGGAUUCCUGAAAAAGGUGGCUACUUGAUCGGGAACCUUCAGCCAGCUCACAUGGAUUUCUGGUUCUUCUCACUGGGUAAUCUAUGGGCUAUCACUUCAUCUUUAACCACUCCGAGACAAGCCGAGGAGAUUCUGAACCUGAUAGAGAAAAAAUGGGAGGAUUUCAUCUGGAAUAUACCUCUGAAGAUAUGUUAUCCUGCGUUAGAAUAUGAAGAAUGACACAUAAUUACUGGAAGUGAUCCGAAAAAUGCGUAAGUAAAAAACCCAACAUAGCCUUCUGUUUAAUGAGAGUCUCAUCUUCAUGGCUUAGAACUUGAAUCAGUUUUCUAUCAUCUUUCACCAAUAUGAUAUAUUGAUGAUGUUAGUGAUAUGAAAUGCUACUAGUUAUUCUAAAAGCAAAAGUAAUAAGCCACCAUAAACUCAAAAGUUCU